CAGAUCGUCCACAAUCCCCAAGCUCCAGACGCGGAGAGACAAUGGUGGUUGACGUUGGCCUUGACCCCGAGCGGCGAACUCCGGCGCCGGCCGCUCCACGCAGCACCGACACUGCGGCCACGGAGGCCGACUUCCUCUGGAAGCUGCGCAAGUACGUGCUGCUGCUGGCCACGCUCGCGGCCAGCGUCACCUACACGGCGGGGCUGUCCCCGCCGGGCGGGUUCAGACCGGACAACGACAAAGACGGCGUGCACCUCGCCGGCGACCCGGCGCUCCAGGUCACCUACGCCCGCCGCUAUCAAGUCUUCUUUUACUGCAACGCCACCGCCUUCGUCGCCUCCAUCGUCAUCGUCAACCUCCUCCUCGUGCACUCGCUCAGCCGCCGCCGCUGGUGGCUCCGCGCGCUCCAGGCCGCGAUGAUACUCGACCAGUUCGGCCUUAUGGGAGCCUACGCCGCCGGCAGCUGCAGGGAGGUGGCCAUGUCCGCGUACGUCCUCGCUCUUGUCGCCCUGGUCUCCUCCUAUGUCUGCGCCCAUGUCCUGCUCUUCGCGUUGAUGCGCGACGCUGGCGAGAACGUGGUGCCGGAGGCGCCGGAAAGUGUGGAACGGGCGCGCAAGUACCUGCUUAUUUUUGUGACUCUGGCGGCGACGGUGACGUACCAAGCCGGCCUGAGCACGCCUGGCGGGUUCUUGUCGGACAACCAGGACGACGACCACCUCGCCGGCGACUCCAUGCUCCGCGGCCACCAUCCGGACCGCUUCAUGGUAUUCUUCUACUUCAACACCACGGCGUUCGUGGCGUCUCUGGUCGUUAUCAUGCUGCUGAUGAGCAGGACCGUGACGCGGCACGGGUUCCGGUCGUGCGCGCUCUGGGUGUGCACGGGCGCGGCUCUGAUCGGGCUCACCGGUGCUUUCGCCGUCGGGAGCAGCAGAAGCGUCAAGACUUCCAUCUAUGUCAUUGCGUUGGUGGCGGCUGUUCUGUUCUACAUCGGCCUUCAGAUUCUGGUGUUCUUGUGCAAGCCUGUGGAGAAUUGGCUCCACAAUGUGCAAGAAACGCUGCAAAAAUGUCUGAAAUCGGGCCAAUUGGAGUUGCAAAAUCAUCGGAUUCGUGCAGUAUCUGACCAGCAAGUUAAUGCUGACGCCGAUCAGCUUCUCAAGAAGUCUCGCAUGUACCUGCUUCUGCUCGGGAUUCUUGCUUCGGGUGUCACAUACCAAGCAGGACUGAACCCGCCGGGUGGCUUCUGGCAGAACAAUGCUGCUGAUGGUCUGCAUCACUACCUCGCCGGUGACCCGGUCCUUCACAUCACCUAUCCCCGGCGAUAUCUGGUGUUCUUCUACUGCAAUGCCACAGCUUUCAUCGCGUCGCUGGUCAUCCUGAUCCUCCUCCUAAGCAACAUAUUAAGCACCCAAGGAAUCAAGUAUUGUGCAUUGCAGGUUGCCAUGAUCCUGGACCUUUUUGGAUUGGUUGGCGCUUAUGGUGCUGGAAGUUGCAGACAAGUGUCGAAAUCUGUGUACAUCUCGGUGCUUGUUGUUCCAGUGUUCCUUUACGUCGGCAUCCAUGUUCUGGUAUUCAUGCUAGAAGUCUCCCCAACUUGCGCGACAUGGAGAAAAAUGGUGACGGAGAAGCUGGAGCAGUGUGUUCCCAAAUGGCUCAAGAAGUUGUUUGAGCUGCCGACUGAGGAGGAAGAUGAGGACAUGAAAUGGAAACUGGAGAAGAGCCGCAAGCUUCUGCUGCUCCUUGCAAUUCUUGCAGCAAGCCUCACCUACCAAGCAGGCAUGAGCCCCCCGGGCGGCUUCUGGCAAGAGAACACGUCAGGCCAUGUCGGCGACCCGGUGCUCAACGACAACUACCAACGUCGCUACCUGGCUUUCUUCUACUGCAAUGCAACUGCAUUUGUUGCAUCUCUGGCCAUCAUCAUGCUGCUGGUGAACAGAAAGCUUUCGGCGAGAGGGAUACAGUCCCACGCGCUGCGGGUGUGCGUGAUCCUUGACCUGAUCGGGCUCAUGGGCGCGUUCGCUGCUGGGAGCUCCAGGAAGGUAUCAACUUCCAUAUAUGUCUUUGUCCUGAUCUUUGCAGUUCUAAUCUGCAUCGCGUUCCAAGUCGUCCUGGUCUUGUCGGAAUCGGUUCAGGGUCUCCUGCGGAGACUUCUAUCCAAGAUCGGCAUACUGGUGGAGGAAGCAGAUGGCAUGUCUUCGCGCAGGGCCAGCGCCGGAGUGGAGCGUGAUCUCUGGGACCAAAAGUUGCCCAAAUACUUGCUGCUGCUCGCUGCACUUGCAGCGGCUGUCACGUACCAAGCCGCCAUGAACCCGCCCGGUGGCCUCUGGGAUGAUGGGCAAACUGGCCACAUCUCCGGCGACCCGGUCCUCCGGAGCAGCUAUUCACGCCGGUACAAGGUCUUCUUCUACUGCAAUGCGACUUCCUUCAUGGCGUCUCUGGUGAUAAUGGUCUUACUCCUGAUCAAGCGAGUAAGCAGCACACAACCAGCGCUGCUGGCACUGCAUGCCGCCAUGAUACUGGACUUGUUUGGCCUCAUGGGCGCAUAUGCCGCCGGGAGCUGCAGGAGAGUGAGGACGUCUGCGUACAUCUUGGCACUGGUCGUUGGGGUUUCUGCAUACAUUGUUGUUCUUGUCGUUGUGUCCAUAGGGAUCGCGAAAUGGAUGAAAAGAGUCAUGGAUGAGAUGGGAGAACGACUGACCCAGUGCUUCUCCCUUGAAGAUAUGUGAGACACUGGCGCCAUGAGCGUUGAAGGGAUGUGAUGGUAGUAGUUCUUGUGCAUGUUUUUUUUAUUUUGUUCCGAACGUUUGAUAGGAUUCCAAAUCUAGCUUAUGGUCUUUGUGAAGCACUAUUGUAAUUUGAUUAAUUGAUACUUAUUAAUCGAGAUUCCGCAACGAGAUGAAUAUGUUCUA